AUGAGCACAUAUGGCUUGGUCCUUCCUGAGCCGGCGAGCAUUAGCCUUGCCCGGUCUGUGAAAAUAGCCAGAAGACCCGGAGGUCCAUUUGCCAACAAUAUAUUGUUACGGAUAGAGCCGCUCGGCGCCUCCAUCACACAUGGCGUGGCCUCCAGUGACGGCAACGGAUAUCGCCAGGAUCUCCUGAAUAUAGUCGCAGCAACAGCUGGCAACGAAGUAAGAUUCGUCGGGGGUAAUCCCAACGGCACGAUGGAGAAUAAUGAGAAUAGUGGUUGGCCGGGAUUGAUUAUCGAUGAAGUCCAUACCAAGUCCAACAACGACACAGCGAUAUUGCGACCAAAUUUGGUGUUAAUCAACGUCGGGACUAAUGACGCACUCCGAAAUAUAGAUAUUCCGAACGCAGGGGCUCGGAUGCAGAGUCUCAUAAACGACAUCUAUACCCAAUCCCCACGGGCUACCGUCAUCUUGUCGAGUCUGAUAAGAAAUACGAAUAGUGACGCGCAAGACCGGGGCGUUCAAAUAAAUUCUCAGUAUCAGGCCUUGGUCGGAUCGCUGAGAGGGCAGGGCAAGCCGAUCAUCUGGGCCGACAUGCAAGGGAGCAACGGGCCCUUAGCUUCUGACCUCGGCCCCGACGGUACCCAUCCGCUUGAUCAAGGAUACCAAAAGAUGGCCAAUAUCUGGUAUUCCGCUAUUAGCCAGGCCAACGAAGCAGAUUUUCUGAAAACUGCCGAGAAUGCAUAA